AUGUCAAUCAAACAAGAACAAUGCACCCUCCCACUCGAAAAGGUCUUCUCCAUCCAAAUCGGCACAGAACUCUUCCGCCUCUCGGGUGCCUCAAUAGCAUCAGACGCUCCGUCUUAUUUCUCGCAGUUCUUCGAAACCCAACUCAGCGUGAAUGGAGAUGUGAAUCUGAGGACAUUGUAUAUUGAUCGGGAUCCGGGGACGUUUCAGGAGAUUGCGAGGCAUUUGCAGGGAUAUCACGUCCGCCCCAGAGACAGCACGGAGUUUGUGAAGCUAUUCGCAGACGCGCAAUUCUACAGCUUACCCCGCCUAACCUCCCAGCUCUUCGAAUCCGACAUCUUUGUGCAAAUCGGCGGCCGCCAGUUCCAGAUCCCCCGCGACAUCUUCUCGUCCCCGGGUAAUUCACCGAAUUUCUUCUCCCUAGGAUUUGCCGAUUUCUUCGCUUCGCCAUCAGAAGUUUUCCCGGGAUUAGACCGGACAGGGUUGCUACGGCCACCGGCGAUUGAACCCCCGAGUGUACCGAAUCGGUCUGGGGAUGUCUUUGCAGAACUACUGCAUAUGCUACAGGGCUAUCCGUUGGAAAUCCGGAGUGGGGAGCAUCAGGAACAGCUCUUACGAGACUGUCGAUACUACCACCUCCGCGGCCUAGAGCAGCGCCUAAUACCCCACGACAUCCGCACCAACCCAAUCACGCAGCGAUCCGAGAUAGUUAUUCGCCUAGAAGACCUGCGACCAUCAGGACUGGAAUUCAUCCCGGAUGACGACCAACGACAGGCCGGGUGGAUGGGAUACGCCCGGCCUUUCACAAGCGAAAAACCGCACGACCUCAUCAUUGAGACCAACAACGAAACCACACUCGUCUCUCUCACGAGAGUUAGGUUCUCAGGUCCCACCAGCGCACGAAUCGCAAGUCUGACCAAGUCUGCCGUCAGCAAAUUCUCGCCUGAUGUUUCUCUAAUGGAGGAGAACAAGGCUGAUACUGUGUCCAUGACCAUCCUGGAUGACGCGGAUGUUACCGUCAAUGGCCAGACUGAUAAUAUUUUAGUAAGCCCUGGCGCUUAUCCCCCAGAACUGCCAUCGGCCACAAAACGCCCGCGCCUCGACGAACCGGAGGACAGUAAAUGGUUCGUGCGGAGGGGACAGUGGCGGGUACGUGUGGGGAAGCCUAUUCCUAGUGAUACGAGAGUGCAGCUGUCGCUUUCCCCGGUCAAGUUGGAGUUAUAUACAAGGCAGAAGGAAUUGAACCGCACAAGGCGGUUUCUGAGGUGA